AUGGUAGGGAAGCGGACGUUUCAGCGAGACGGCGGCAGGAAUGACAGCCAAGGGCGAGACUAUGACAUUGAGUCUGGCCCCGUCACCCGGCGCUUUGGAGGGUUCAAAGACGCCGUGGACUAUGUCAUCGACCGCAGGACCACGGCGUCGCUGAAAAAGCAACUCAAAGAGGGCGUGGAAAGGGACAAUGAAUUCGAGAAGUUGAGAAAAAGUGACGAAGAGCUCAAGAGGAUCAAGAACAAGCAGGUCCGCAAGUUCUACGAACAUCAAAAUGCCUGUCUCAACGACUGGGCCGAAGUCGACACGAUUGUCAUGGCCAUGGCGGACGAUGUGAUGGAGAGCAUGAACACCGACGCAGAUCACGACGGGGUAAGAGAACGAGAAGGCAGACUCCAGACCGUCAAUGAACACAUCGAGGACAUGUUGCCGGACCAUGUGCAACGGCAGCGAGCCAAAGCGGCCCGAAACGCACGGUGGGCCAUCAACAUCAACGUCGUUGCAAACAUCAUCCUGGUUAUCGCAAAGGGCGUUGCGGCGCUGAAGUCGUCGUCGCUCUCGCUGAUCGCCUCACUGCUCGACUCGGCCCUCGAUCUUCUCUGCACCGUGAUCGUGUGGACGACCAACCGCCUGGUGUCGUGGAGAUUGGCGGCGCUCGCAAAGAGAUUCCCCGUGGGACGCCGGCGGCUCGAACCCAUUGGCAUCCUCGUCUUCUCCAUCAUCAUGGUCAUUUCGUUUCUCCAGAUCCUGCAAGAGUCCGUUCAGAGGUUGCUGCCUGGCGGGGAUCAUGCGAUCGCGACGCUGCCUUCGAUGGCUAUCGCCGCCAUGGCUGCCACGGUAGGGGUCAAGGGGCUUAUCGGGCUCGGCUGCAUUCGCAUCAAGACCACCCAGGUGCAGGCCCUCGCACAGGAUUGCAAGACGGACGUCUAUUUCAACACGCUUUCGCUCCUCUUCCCGCUGAUCGGGAAGCAGGCGGGCGUGUGGUGGUUGGAUCCCCUGGGCGCAGCUCUGCUGUCGGUCUACAUCAUAUACGACUGGGCCGACACGUGCGUCGAGAACAUGACCCGGCUGUGCGGGUUGGCUGUCGACGAGCAUCUGCAGAACAAGCUCGUCUUCCUCGCGUAUCGUUUCAGCAACUUGGUGUCCGGAGUCAAGUCGGUCACUGCAUACUACACGGGCGACGGCGUCUGGGUCGAGUAUGACAUCUUGCUGGAAGAAGGAACCCCUUUGCGCCGAACACAUGAUAUCGCGGAGACGCUCCAAUACUGCUGUGAGGCGUUGGGUGAAGUCGACCGAGCUUUUGUGACAACGGACUGUAAGUCAUGGAGCAUCGAGGGGGAGCGCUACAGACUGCUAAUUGCGUUGUAUAAACAGAUUCGGUUCAGAACCCGGGUGGUCAUACGAGAGAUAUGA